UUGUCUUAUAAAGCUAGAUGCAUAGUUUUCAAAUUUUUAUAAACAUUAUCAAUGGGUAAACUGAUUAACAGAAAAUAGUACUGAUAAUUAUUUAAUGUUGCAAAAAAAAAAUUAUUCAGUUACAACGAUAAGUUCUCGUUAGCUAAUGUGAAAAAAUUGGCAUACGUUCUGUGCGGUAAAACUGCAUCAAAAUGAUAGUGAAGAGUGUAAACAUGUAUAAUUCAAAGAUUCGGCAGAUUCAAUUUGCACAAUUGACAAGAUGAAGAAAAAGCUACAUUUCGCAAACAAGUUAAUGUGUUAAAUCAAUUUGAGUAUUAAGGAAUUCCAGGCUUAAAGAAGGAAAUGGGUUCAAACACGUCCAACGUUGGUUACCCAAUGGCCACAACUACUGAAAUCGAAGGUGCUUCCAAUGAAAAUGGAAAUGCAUUUGCAGUGUCAAAUACUGCAAGUAUGGGCUCAACUAGUUCAAAUGGUAUCACUGAAGGCUCUGGCACAACUUAUGCUUGUAGCGGUACACAUUGUCAUCGUGAUCAGAGGCGAAAGCGAGUAACGGGUUUUGCGACUCUUAAGCGAAAGUUUAUACGUCGCCGGCGUUCUUCAAAAGCCUGUGAUCAUGCGCGAGUCUUACGGGACUUUGUGUCUGAGUGGACACCUCUUGAGCUGGCAUCUCUCUGUGAGGAGUUCGAAGCGUUGGCUGCAUUAAGGGAUUUAUCGGUGCAAGCCGAAUUAGCGCGUCCCCCAGCUACUACAUAUAAACAAGAUCUGGCUGCUCUUUACGAUUUAAAUCUAUGUACUGAUUGUGAUCUUGUAUUUCGUGGAUCGAUUUUUCCUGUGCAUCGUUCUAUACUAUCCUCACGUUGUACAUAUUUUCGAGACCUGCUUUCUGGUUGCCCUGGAUUUGGGGCUCGCAUAUGUCUUGAACUUCCUACAUCACCUAUCGAUGUGAAAAUAUUUUCUAUAUUGCUACGUUAUUUAUAUACGGGCGAUCUAUGUGCACAUGACCCGACCGUUAAUAUCAAUUUGUUGCGUCAACUAGGUGACGAUUUUGGUACACCUAACCCACUUGAACAUGAUCUUCGAUAUUUGUUAGAAACAGGGGAUUAUGCGGACGCAGCACUCGUAUUUACAGCGGAAAGCGGAAACGAUUAUUUGCGUCAAGAAUCGGUUAAUUCCGAGUACGGGUUUCGGCCGAAACUCGAGCUACCGUGUCAUAAAGCUAUAUUGAGUGCCCGUUCACCAUUUUUCCGAAAUCUUAUUGCCCGCCGAACGCGCAACAUUGACGAGUACGUAGAGCGCUCUAUACACGUACCAACGCGCAUUGUUCUUGAUGAGACCGUUAUACCAAAAAGAUAUGCGCGUGUGCUUCUACACGCUAUAUAUUUAGAUACUGUAGACUUGGCGCUCAUACUACGAGGGGCUGGCACAGGAUGCUCGACCGGCUCCCUUGGUGAAGUGCACGCGUUGACAAAUACUGGUCGUGUUCGACCAACUACUCUCGAGGAAGCGAUGGAGUUAUAUCAAAUAGGCAGGUUUCUAGAACUUGAUAUUUUAGCACAGGGUUGUGAGGACUUAAUACUUGAGUGGUUGUCACUUGAAACCCUAUCAAUGGUUUUAAAAUGGGGAUGUCAACCACAUGGGUCUGCUUGGGUUUUUCGCCAAGCCUGCCAGUACCUACGCGAAGAAUUUUCAGCAAUUAGCUCCUCACCAGUGUUGAAUCAGUUAGAUAAAUCACAGUUGGUAUAUGUAUUACAAAGUAACUUUUUACAAGCAUCAGAACUUGAAGUACUACAGGCUGUUCUAAAGUGGGGGGAACAAGAGCUUAUCCGGCGCAUGGAGGAUCGCGAACCAAACCUUUUAUCGCAUACUGCCCACUCUGUAGCGAGGAAGGGUGUAAGAAAGCGUGACUUAAGUGACGUUGAGCUGCGUGAAAUACUUGCCGAACUACUACCUUUGGUAAGAAUGGAUCAUGUUUUGCCGCCAAAUAGUGAAGUUCUCUGUCAAGCUAUACGCCGUGGUCUCGUAAGUACACCACCAUCACAUAUGAUUGGUGACGAUCGUGAAAAUUUACGAAUAAAUGCUUGGAUACGGGGAGGGAAAAACCAAGGUCUUUUUGUACGACCACGUCUUUUUAUGCCAUACUUUGAAGAAGUAAAAGCCUUAUUAGAAGAUCGAAUGGCAUCAUCAAAUCAUCACCUUGAGCUUAUGCGAAUGCGUCGAUCUCGACAUUUUCCCGACAUUCCAGAUACCCUUUACAUGGUUUCGCGCAUAAACUCUUCUCCGAACAACAGCUUUGCUCCUGGUGUCACUUGUAGUAUUAGUGGAAAUAAUAGCGAAAAAAUCGAUCCUACUGCUAUUCCGCCACCAGAUAGCCAUACGCUUGCAGCAAUGAGAAAGCGUGAACAUAAGCUCCGCCAAUCGCCAAUGUGUCAAAGGGCACUGCUUCUGCCACUUUCAUCAAAACAUGAAAUCGACCGUCAAAUACGACUUCGUGUCGUGAGAGAGUUUAAUCUGCCGGAUGAAGUAUCAGAUCUGCUCGAAACUUCUCUAUUAACUAACAAUAGUGGCAGAGAUGAGUGCAACAGUGCCCAAUCGGCAAUACAACCGGAGCAAUGUCUAUUAGAAGAUGAAGAUCAAAGUCCACCACCAUCACCGGCAGCUACCGGUUCUACACGCCCAACAGCUGUGUCCGUCUCGUUUUUGUCGACUUCAUCAAUGGCCUCAUCAGUGUCAUCUACGUGUGGCGCAGAUGGUGUACAUGAAUGUUACAGUCGAAAUAUGACUUUCCCCCGUCAGCAGCCAAAUAGCCUACUUGGUGUCACAAGUCUUUUGACAGGAAAUUCGGGUUCGGCCCUUCAAACAAGCUAUGCUCGCCUAUCAACAUCAGUGCAUCAUCGUAACGAUUUGCCGGCUUUAAUUAGAGAGGGUGAUUUUCGAUUUCCACAUACUAAUGCUCUGAACUUGGUCAGAAGCGGUGAAAGUGAUGCUUGUGGCUUAGACGCUAGCAAUGGACACCUUUCCGAUAUGAUGCCUGAUGUAGCCAUGGCCACUGCGUCAUUGGGUCAACUUCACCUCAGCACUGGUGGAUCUAGCUACUUGAGCAGUAAUGUCAGCAAUUGUCCUAUUGUAAACAGUAGUGAUAUGUCAGAAAGCUUGCAGCUUGAUUUAGGAGAUGGACCGACUCCACAUAUCAUUAGUGCUGCUGGUGUGAUAACUUUACGCAACUUACAGCAUCAACUACCAGAAACCAGUUUUCGUCACAUAAUUCAGCGUUCGAGCUCGCCGUUUGAUGUUCUACGACAGGGGCAGCACUCGCCUGCUCCACAGCUUCCUCCAUCAGGCGUAUUAAAUUCUGGGCCACCUAGAUUUUUAUAGAGGUUGCAAAUAGCUCCCGAUAAGGAACUUUAUUUUAGCACUCCAUUCUAAAAAAGCACAGAACUUACAUUUUAAAUUUAUUCACGGUAUAAAAAGUUAUUAAAAUCAAUAUUUCAAGGGAAAUUAGUUUUAUCUAAAUACAAAAUGUAUGUAAGUAGAAAACGCUAACGUUUGCGAUGCAAUAAAUUUAUCUUAUUCAAAAUGUACGCCCAUAACAUCAUUAAUUUGUAAUGCUGCAUGUUGGAUGAAAGCAGAGCGUAUGUACAAAAUAGAAAUGAAUAAUAUUAAUGUAACAAUGUCUGUCGCAUCUAAAAGUACAGUUACUUUUUUUUAUAAUAUUAAUCAAAUAAA